AUGAUUCCCAAUGAAAACAACAGCCACGGGUCUUCAGUGAUAAAGGAUAUUGCAACAAAGAGAAUACGAGUAUUCAGAAAUUUGCAAUUGGGCAAUUCCAACCAAGAGAUACCCUCUACUAAGAUGUCCGAUUUUGAAGACAUUUUUUCUCAUCCCAUUUCGAAAGGAGAACCACCUUCUAUAUUCCCCAGAAUCCAACACCACCAAAAACCAAAUGGAUGUUCACAUGGAGAAAAUAGCCAGCCGAUUCAAACUAACAACUUUUCCAACAAUUUAGCAUUGGGAGACCAAACAUUUCCAAUUUGGACUUUACCAUACUCACUCUGGCUUACAAUUGAUCCUGGUCAACUUGCAGGAAUUGCUUUCAAUCAUACAGAUGCUUCACAAAGAGUCUUUGGACCUGAUCCCAAUGCUAAAACAGCACAAUAUUAUUUCAACCCUCCAAGGAUCAAGUCUUUUGUUCUAUCUGGAGAGAAUAUCAAUCGAGAAAAUAUAAAGCUAACUUUGUCUGAUCAUAAGAAACUCUCCAUUACUGCUGAAAUUACAAAUAAAACAAGUGAUGGGAAAAUGAAAUUACCUUUAGUUCAAGGAAUGGGAUUUAUAACAUCUAUUUAUGAAAAUAUGAAACCUGUAAUUGGGUCUUCAGUUGGAAUUCAAGAGUGGAAGAGAUUAAAUAAAGUUGGGAAUGCGACAAAGUAUUCAGCAAUACUAUACAACCAAGUAACUUGGUCCAUAUAUGUUACUGGUAACAUUGAAUUGGAAUUAAAAAAUCCCAAUAUAAUAGUUGGAGAUAGAGUGGGAAAUGCAAUAAUUCAAAUUGCAAGAGGAUUAUCGAACCAUUAUGAUGACACAGCUGGUAUUUAUCAGGAAAGUGCCGACCUAGCAGCUGCAGCAAAAGAUGAUGUUGCCCGUUAUAAAUUCAUCUAUAACAUGAAAGGAGAAUCCAAAUCCAGAAAAGGUCUUGUAUGGUGUCUCCCUCAUCAUCAAGAAUCACUAGUUGAUUCUCUCAAUGAAGCAUUUACUGGUCUAACUUUAGAUUCUCCAACAAAAGGAAUAAUGAAGGCAUAUAAAACCAACGAACUAGAGAUGGAAGAGGAUCUACCAAAUAAAAUAUUGUGGGAGCCAUGGACAAGUUUUUGCACCCAGGCAAAAUAUUCCAGUGAUGCAAAGAAAUUGAUUGCAGAAGCAGCUACAAAUGAAGUUAGAGAUGACGUAGUUGGAAUGGCCAAUAUCGAUUCUAUGUAUACAUCGGGAAAAAUUUUAGCCAAAUAUGCUUACAUAGCAUAUGUUUGCCAUUUUGUAUUACAAAAUAAACAACUAACGGACCAGAUAUUACCAAAAGUGAAACAAGCUAUUGAAAUAUUUGCUAAUAAUCAGCAGAAAUUCCCAUUAGUAUAUGAUACAACAUGGAAAGGUUUAAUUUCUUCAGCUGAUCCUGGGGCAGAUUUUGGGAAUUCUAAUUAUAAUGAUCACCAUUUUCAUUAUGGUUAUCAUAUUCAUGCCAUUGCUUUGAUCAGUCACAUUGAUAGAGAAUGGCUUUUUUCUAAUAAUAACCUUGUUUUCAAUUAUGCAAACACACUUUUACGAGAUACAGCGAAUCCAGAAUUAGAUGCUUAUUUCCCCCAAUUCAGAUCCUUCGAUUGGUUCCAUGGUCAUUCAUUUGCACAUGGAAUCUUUCCUUCAGGAGAUGGUAAAGACGAGGAGUCAUCAUCUGAAGAUUAUAACUUCGCAUAUGGGAUGAAGUUAUACGCUAACGUUAUUGGUGAUACGUACAUGGAACGAAGGGCUAAUUUGAUGAUCGCAAUAAUGAAGCGAUCCAUGAACAUGUACAUGUUAUAUUGUGAUGAUAAUUUAAUUCAACCUCGCAACUUUAUUGGGAAUAAAGUCGCUGGGAUUUCUUUUGAAAAUAAGAUCGAUUUUGCAACUUACUUUGGCAGAGGAACUAUUGGAGAUGAAUGGAUUCAUGGAAUUCAUAUGUUGCCAAUUACACCAAUAUCAUCUUUUAUUAGACAUCCCAAAUUUGUCAAAGAAGAGUGGGAUCAGAAGUUGAACCAGAUAAUUGAUAGAAUUCCAGAUGGUUGGAAAGGAAUUUUGAUGCUUAAUAGAGCCUUAUUCGAUCCCAAGUCUUCCUGGAAAUGGUUUUCGAGAAACGACUGGAAUCCUGCACUUAUUGAUAAUGGAAUGUCAAGAACUUGGUCUUUGACAUUCGUUGCCGGGGUUGGAGGAGAAAAUUAG